CAAAACUGUAAACACCAACUGUAUCUUUGGCUUAGCCUUCUUUGACUUGGUUUUAAGAGAUAGAUUGGUUAAGUGCUGGUAUAUCGGAUGCUGGCAAUAAUUGACAAAAAUGCGCUUAUAACAUCAAACACAAAAAAUGCGAUGCUACCUUCACGCAUUUCUCCUGUGCCUGGUUUUCACCUUCUUUUCACUACUGUAUGUUUUCAACCAACUAGCCUCCACACUGGAGAACGGAGACGACAGGGACCUGAAGAUACACGGGAUACCCGAAAGAAGCAGCCAUGACACCGGGCACCGUGUCAGGAAAAGACCAGGACUGACAGGCCUUCACGACCAUGAAGGAGGGGUUAACAGGUGUAAGUCACAGUCAGUUUCUUACUGGAGUCCGUAUUGGAGACUGCCUGCUGAUGUUUGUGGAGUGAACUGCUUUAUGGACUCAUCUCUUAGGGAGAGGUCAGGCUCUGCAGUCAAGGAACACAGUGAUGAGAGAAGUCAUCUGGCUGUGGUGGCCUGUGGCCCCAGGCUGGAGGAGACUCUCAUCAUGUUGAAGUCUGCAGUUCUUCUCAGCAAAAAGCCGCUGCACUUUCACAUCUUUGCUGAGGACGAUCUACAGGAUAGCUUCAGAAGUGCUUUGGACUCCUGGCCCAGGACAGUUCAGACCAAGUUUAACUUCAAAAUCUACCCCAUUACUUUUCCUGAGGAGAAUGCAAAGGAGUGGAAGAAGCUCUUCAAACCUUGUGCCUCUCAGAGGCUCUUCCUACCACUUAUCUUAAAGGACUUAGAUUCCUUGCUCUACGUGGACACAGAUAUCCUUUUCCUGCAGCCAGUAGAAGACAUCUGGGCCCUCCUUUCUCAGUUCAAUUCGAGCCAAUUAGCUGCCAUGGCUCCAGAGCACGAGGAGUCUCGCAUUGGCUGGUACAACCGUUUUGCCCGUCACCCUUACUAUGGCAAGACAGGUGUGAACUCAGGGGUCAUGCUGAUGAACAUGACGCGCCUCAGGGAGAAAUCUUUUAAGAAUGACAUGACUACAGUUGCACUGAAGUGGGAAGAAAUUCUGAUGCCACUUCUCCAGAAGUGGAAACUCAAUAUCACCUGGGGUGACCAGGACCUUCUUAAUAUCAUAUUCAGCCAAAACCCAGAAAGCCUUUAUGUGUUCCCCUGCCAGUGGAACUACCGUCCAGACCACUGUAUUUAUGGCAGCAACUGUCAACAGGCUGAACAAGAAGGUGUCUUCAUUCUCCAUGGUAACAGAGGGGUUUACCAUGAUAACAAGCAGCCAGCAUUUCGAGCCGUGUACGAAGCCAUCCAAAAGCACAAGUUUGGUGACAACAUGGAGAUCACUCUGCUUCAGCCCCUGGAAGCAGUGCUGAAGACCACCACCAAUACCUACUGUGGAAGAGCCAGCCACCUGUUUACCAAGAGGUUGAAGCAGAGCAUCAUGUCUGUGCAACAAGACGCCACACAGAGAUGAUAAAGACAGUGAAGCACUCGAAUAUCAUUCCAUGAGAAGAAUUUAACACACUCUUAAGAAGAUGAUGGGACGGAUGACAAACAGACUCUGAUCGACACGUAACCAUCUUCUGUUUACGUAACGCACAUCAAACUGGGGAAACUGGGAAUCUUAUGAACAAGUGAUGUUUUUAUUGUUAAUCGAACCUGAUGCUGGUUCAUAUCUGUUUAAUGAACUCACAAUCAGGUCACAAAUGCCAUCUCACUGUGAUCGAAUAAUUGGACUUCGCAGCCAACAGAAAGGACAGCUGAGCCCCUUCUACUCAACCUGCUCAAGACGGGACCGUAACACCUCUGCUACACUUUAAAACUGAACAGCAGGGCAGCUGUUCAGCUAACAAGCUGGCUUCUGAGAUUGUAACAGAGAUGCUUACACAUUGCACUAAUUUACUACAUCUGCAAUGGCAUAAUAUUGGUGUCACAGUUUGUGUUAAAGUGUUGCUGAAGCACAAAAGGCAAAUGUGAACACACAGCAGAAGCUCCACAUGCAAACACAGUGCCAGUCCACCCUGCCAGCUCCAUUGUUAUUUCCAGUGUCUACCCCCUGUUACACCUCUGUUACUACCUCUGAUGGCUGCUCAGCAGCAGAACGACUCUGCCCAACCAUUAAGCCUCUGUGCGUUACACAUUGCAGACAAGGUGUAACAGGCGUACACAUUUCCCCCUAAACUGGCACUGUAUAAACAGCUAGUGUCUGUGCUUAUGUCUGAGCUAGUAGGCCAAAAAUGCACCAUGCGCUGACACAUAAUGCCUCUUCUGCUCUUGUAGUGUAAUUCAAUGUAAAAUCACACAUUGAGACACCUCUAUUAUGUUCCUCUGUUGUUCAGUGUGAAAGUAAAAGGCAGAGCAGGUGUGUUAAGGGGCUGUAGCUGAAUCUCUGUGAAAAGGGCUUUAGUGUAUUCUAGACAAUCAAGAUUGUAUGAUCUUUAGGCAAUCUACGGUAACUUUGCACCGUUAUUUCAUGUGAUUGGGGACAAAACAAUCGCAGCAAGGUACUUAAAUGUCCUUUAUUAUUGAAAGUAUUUUAUUAGAGUUUUAAUAUAAGUUUACAUACAGCCUCUGUGCUGGUUUAUCUUCACUGCAGUAUAUCAUGGAUCACAGAUGAUGUUAAUUAAGGUACGUGUUAGUGAAUGUCUUCAUUGAAUGUUCAGUAUUUAUUAUUAUUGGUGGACAUCUGUGUGACGAGAAGCACUUUUAUGUCUUCUUGAACAAUGGAACCUGAGGCUGUCAUUUCAUAAUACUCAGGUUUGGGAUUCGUCAAAUCAUUGUUUACCGUACAUUGUAUUAUCAUUAAGUCAUUUCAGUACUGUCACUGAUAUAUCAUAUUUUCUGUUAACUGGAACAAUGUCAAAGAAAGGAAGCAAGAUGGUGUUGUAACAUCUGCUUCCAGAAAGGUUUAUCUAAAAAUGUGCACUUUUUGAAAUCGUGGAUUGUAACUAAAAGCCAGCAUUGAUAUUCAGAUGCAUAUGAAAUGAACUGGGAAUAAAUAUUUUAUUGAAAAUCA